GGCCGAGAAAAGGAGCAGUGGCAGAGAGCCCAGCGUCUGGGCGAGGAUCGACGGCUCUGAGAUCAAGCGGCUGCCGCCCCCUAGAAGCGACUGAAUCAUGAGCACAUUCCCCAGUCAGAGCGGCUGUAGUAAACACAUUUCAGAAACGUGAGGUGCCGGGGGUCACGUGGGGACCGCGCCCUCCAAUGAGGAUCCGGGGGCGGGGCCGAGGCCGCUGACGCGGCGGCGGCGGCGGAGUCACCCGGGCAGCCUCGGGACCGGUCACCGGCCGGCAGCCGUCCAGCGGCCUCGACCACCGCCUUCGUGCUCCGUGCUGCGUUCUCACUCCUCUUUCCCGGCCCGAGAGGCAGCGUGGCCGACAGCUGCUCAACCGUCUCUCGUCCCUCUCGGAGGCUCGCCUCCGGCGGCCCGUUUUCUCUUCAGGCGCCGCCUCGGUGGGGCGAGGCUUCCGUGACGAACCCGCAGGGGCCGCGGGUGCCGGCUCAGGCCGUCGUGGCGGCUCGGGCUCGUGGAACUUGCUCAGCCGCCGGAGGUCCGAGGCCCUCGAAGUUAUGCGUCUGGUCCGCGCGGUUGCGGCCGGCGCCGGCUCCUAAAGGGCGUCACACCGGACUCCGCCGCCUGGGUAGCCUCCAUUCAUCUUCCAGCAGCGCCUCCAGCGCCCUCUCCCUCUCGGGUCCCCUCCUCGGACUCAUUUUUUCCUCUCCCCGCUCUGCCGCCCUCCCCUCCCUCCCUGGGUGCGGCGAUUCUCCUGGCGGCGGAGGUGUCGGUCAUGAGCCGGACCCUCCUCCCCUGAAUUUCUCCGGGAGGAACUCGGCGUCCGCCGCGCCCCGGGAUGGGGGUGAACGCCGUGCACUGGUUCCGAAAGGGGCUCCGGCUCCACGACAACCCCGCCCUGAAGGAGUGCAUCCAGGGCGCCGACACCAUCCGCUGCGUCUACAUCCUCGACCCCUGGUUCGCGGGCUCCUCCAAUGUGGGCAUCAACAGGUGGCGAUUUUUGCUUCAAUGUCUCGAAGACCUUGAUGCCAACCUGCGAAAAUUAAACUCUCGCCUGUUUGUGAUUCGUGGACAGCCAGCAGAUGUGUUUCCCAGGCUUUUCAAGGAGUGGAACAUCACUAAACUUUCAAUUGAGUAUGAUUCUGAGCCCUUUGGAAAGGAACGAGAUGCAGCUAUUAAGAAACUGGCUACUGAAGCUGGAGUUGAAGUGAUUGUACGCAUUUCACAUACAUUAUAUGACCUAGACAAGAUCAUAGAACUCAAUGGUGGACAGCCACCUCUUACUUAUAAAAGAUUCCAGACUCUCAUCAGCAAAAUGGAACCACUGGAGAUACCAGUAGAGACUAUUACUUCAGAAGUGAUGGAAAAGUGCACAACUCCUCUGUCUGAUGACCAUGAUGAGAAAUAUGGAGUCCCUUCACUGGAAGAACUAGGUUUUGAUACAGAUGGCUUACCCUCUGCAGUAUGGCCAGGCGGAGAAACUGAAGCCCUUACACGUUUGGAAAGGCAUUUGGAAAGAAAAGCUUGGGUGGCAAACUUUGAAAGACCUCGAAUGAAUGCAAAUUCCCUCCUUGCAAGUCCUACUGGACUCAGUCCUUAUCUCCGAUUUGGUUGUUUGUCAUGUCGACUGUUUUACUUCAAACUAACAGAUCUCUACAAAAAGGUAAAGAAGAACAGUUCCCCCCCCCUUUCCCUUUAUGGGCAACUAUUAUGGCGUGAAUUUUUCUAUACAGCAGCAACAAACAAUCCACGCUUUGAUAAAAUGGAAGGAAACCCCAUCUGUGUUCAGAUUCCUUGGGAUAAGAAUCCUGAGGCUUUAGCGAAAUGGGCAGAAGGCCGGACAGGCUUUCCAUGGAUUGAUGCCAUCAUGACACAGCUUCGGCAGGAGGGUUGGAUUCACCAUUUAGCCAGACAUGCAGUUGCCUGCUUCCUGACACGAGGUGACCUGUGGAUUAGUUGGGAGGAAGGAAUGAAGGUAUUUGAAGAAUUAUUACUUGAUGCAGAUUGGAGCAUAAAUGCUGGAAGUUGGAUGUGGCUGUCUUGUAGUUCCUUUUUCCAGCAGUUUUUUCACUGCUAUUGCCCUGUUGGUUUUGGUAGGAGAACAGAUCCCAAUGGAGACUAUAUCAGGCGUUAUUUGCCUGUCCUAAGAGGCUUUCCUGCAAAAUAUAUCUAUGAUCCCUGGAAUGCACCAGAAGGUAUCCAAAAGGUAGCCAAAUGUUUGAUAGGAGUUAAUUAUCCUAAACCAAUGGUGAACCAUGCUGAGGCAAGUCGUUUGAAUAUUGAGAGGAUGAAACAGAUCUAUCAACAGCUUUCACGAUAUAGAGGAUUAGGUCUUCUUGCAUCAGUGCCUUCUAAUCCUAAUGGGAAUGGAGGCCUCAUGGGGUAUUCUCCUGGAGAAAAUAUCCCAGGUUGUAGCAGCAGCGGAAGUUGCUCUCAAGGGAGUGGUAUUUUACAUUAUGCUCAUGGAGACAGUCAGCAAACUCACCUGUUAAAGCAAGGAAGAAGCUCCAUGGGCACUGGUCUCAGCAGUGGGAAACGUCCUAGUCAGGAAGAGGACACACAGAGUAUCGGUCCUAAAGUCCAGCGACAGAGCACUAAUUAGAAAACAUUCAGGAGGAAUACUGUUGCAGCUGAAAUUGGUGGGGAGUUCAAUACUUUUUCAGUUAAAUUAUUUUAAAAUACUCUUCAUUGAUGGAAAGCAGUUACAUUUUGAAAUGCAUUGUUUCUAUUGACAUUUCUGUGGUUUUUAACUUUUUAAUGAAUUUCACGUAGGACAAACAGUAAUUUGUAUAUAAAGAACUUGGUAAAAGAAUUUGCUUAAUGUAAAUAUAGUCAGUCACAAUUAGUAUAGACCCAUCAAUAUAUUUUUGAUAAUUUUUCAUGUACGGUAAAGUUAAAGUGGCAAGCUGAUAUUCUGAUAUAAAAAUCAAAGUUUUGAGAGUCAAUGUGGGAAAAUAGGAGGUUUUUAGAUUUUCUUAAGAGACUUUGUUAAAAUUUUAGAACAAAAUUUUCUUGACAUCAUUGUUGAUCUAACUUUUCACUCUUUGAUAAUAAUGUUUUUGAAAAUGUAUGUAAUCAAAAUUGGUAGUUAUAGCCUCUGUUAACGCAGAAAAUAUAUGUUUUAAAGCUUCAUGUAUGCCUCUUUUGACCCAAACUUGUGGAAGUAUUGUGUGUUAAGUUCUCUGUCUCCUUUUGUUUGUUCAUUUACAGCUAAAGUGACCUUGUUAUUAAAGUAUAUUCAUAUAUGGAA